AUGUCCUGGGGAUAUCAUGAGUUAAACUCGAAACAGACACACACGAUAGACAAGAUCAAACAGACAUGGCACCACAAAUUGGUCCAGACCAUGGCAGUCAGGGAAUGGGAAAGGGCUUUUACAGCACACAACGGGCUCACAGCAUGCACGACGCACCUCGAACUACAGCGCAAAACACUAUAUUGCUGGUACCUGGUGCCUGACAAACUACACAAGAUGUGGCCAGAGAUCAGUAAUUGUGCUGGAGGUGUGGAGUGGGGGUGGGCAUUAUGCUCCACAUCUGGUGGUCAUGCAGCCAACUCAAACCAUUCUGGGACUCGGUAUUACACAUACUCCAGACGAUUCUACCCACACCAUGACUAGACAACCCCGUAGACCUGUCUUCUGUUUCAUGUUACCAAGGGGCAUCCCAAAACAUAUCAGGGUCAUACUCUACCACACCUUAAUAUCGGCCAACUUAGUAAUAUCCAGGUUAUGGAAGAAGACCCAAACCCCGUCAGUGGAUGCCCUUAUUAAACAGGUAGACCAAGACUGGACUUACGAGUUUAUGACCGCAAAACUAUUUGGAACAUGCACAGGCAUCAAAGAAGCCCACAGAGAAUGGGUAGCAAAAACCAAACACACACAUUGAACAGGCCCGUUGACUGACUUCCCGAUCUCGAUCUUGUCAUUUAACAACCAAGUAUACGGUAAUGUCAUGGUUUGUAUCAGAUGGUACCCAGCUAAGAGAAGGUCUAGCUCACCAUAACGAAACCUCUUGGAACUGUUGCAACUCUUCCACACACUGAAAAAUACUGUAACGUGAUGAAAUGUUCACUUCACCCCAUGUGUACCCCAUUGUCCCCUCUUCCUUCCUUCUGUACCCCAAUUUAAUUUAUGAUCCUGAAAAAAUGAAUAACAUUCGAAUUAUAUAUAUAUAUUUUUUUUAAAGUAGCAGUUCAGUGAAUAAAUCUCUUUUCUUUUUUUUUUUUUCUUUUUUUUUUACACUCUUGCUUACAGAAUGCCUCCUCUGGAAAUCUUGCCCCAAUGGUUGGCAAAAAGCCGGAUAUUAUUGUUAUAAGAUCUCAGACAAUGGUGUGACAUGGGGAGAGGCCAGUGACUUCUGCAAUAAAUCAAGCUCCACACUUGCCAUCAUAUCCAGCCAGAAAGUAAUGGUAUGCUGCACUCACGCUAAGUAUUUGCAAUAUAGCCAGCUGUAAAAUAAGCAUCUCCAUUGUAAAGAUUAUCACCAUUGUUAAUAUAUGAGAGAUAUGCAUAGCUAAGGUAUCUUGUAUUGAGAAACAAAUAUUCAAUUUUGUCAAUCUUUAUUUAUCCGUGCCAAGAAAUAACAGACAGGCCUGUGUUGCCACAAUAGCUAAGACAGGUCGAUAUGCACAAGUUACAACAGACAAUAUUAUGGCAUAUGUGAACACUGCACAGUUUUUGGUAUAAUAGACAUGCAUAUACUAGAUAAGUCAGUGGGCAAAAUAGUAUUAAAACAGGCUAUACAAACUGACUACUGAAUAAUCAUUGUAGUUGCUAUUGUCUCUGGGGUGAGAUAAAGCUAAAAAAUACUAGAUCGCUGCCACAGGAACCAACACAUUAGUAAUAUAAAACAAUAGCAUUAAUGGCAUAUAAAGUAAAGAGGACAUUGUCUGCUACCAUCAGGUGGAGAAACAGCUCAGGUGGAAGUCCUCCCAGGUUAGAUCAGCCGUGCCCUUGAGUGGCAAAGCUGAUUCACAGUCAGGGAAGGUUGUGUACCAGAACCCAAGCCUGCUUCAUUAAACCACACACACUAGGAAGCUAUUGCUGUCCGAGUCAAUCCCCUUCUGUAGGGGACAGAGGAUUGCGGUGGUAAUCUCCACUUUGCGUUGGUAAUCUUCUCUUUGCAUGAGUGAUGUAAGGCAGUUAAGACUUGUACGGCUCUCAGCGAGCAGUAGGUUGCAUAGGCUUUCUCUUAUGUAGUUCGCCGUGAGGAGGCCCCUUCAGCUUCACAUGUGUUCGGUUUUCUAUAUUACACGUAGGCAGAUUUGAUGCAUUGCUUCGCUCUAGUGUGAGUCAGAAGCGCUGAAAGAGCUCAUCAAGCCUGUUAAGCUGCAGCAAUGUCCCUGAGUUCAGUUUACUCCCUGUGAAUACAUGAGGAAGGCGUCUGCCAUACUGGAUUGUCAGGAAGUGGUUAGUGAUGGCUCCAUUGUAGUGGGAGGGGCCAGAUAGGGUGUGUUUUGUCAUCACCAAAAAAAUGCCCUGUAUUUGUUCUGCACAGUGCAAGCAAAUUUAAUAACGUGUUUGCUUGAAAUUUGUCUCUGGUGUCUCCAUAAAUGGGAUACCAGGAGACAAAAAUGCCAGCAAAGAGUACUGUGCAUUAUGUGUGUGAAAAGGUGCAGUGUGUGUGAGGGGUGUAGUGUGUGUGUGAGGGUGCUGUGAGUGUCAGGAAUGAAAUGUGUGUGUGUGUGUGUGUGCGUGUGUGGGAGGGUGCUGUGAGUGUCAGGAAUGUAGUGUGUGUGUAUGAGUGUGCUGUGAGUGUCAGGGGUGCAGUGUGUGUGUGUGUGAGUGAGGGUGCUGUGAGUGCCAGGGGUGCAGUGUGUGUGUGUGUGUGUGUGUGAGUGAGGGUGCUGGUGUGUGAAUAUGUUUGGAGGGCUUGUGUGUUGGGAAGGGGGCAGAUUAUUAUCAAUAUAUAUUAAUUUUAAAAAAAUAAACAAGCAUUGAUUGUAUCCCCCCUCCUUUCUUAUCUUUAGCCUGGGAGGGGUGACCAUCCUGCCAUCCCUGGUGGUGCUAGUGGUGAGUGAACUCUAGUCUGUGGGGCUAGAAAUCACUCUUGUGAGACCUGGAGCAUUGCUAUGGCAACGCUCUGGAUCUCGCAAGAGGAACCCGGCGGAGCUGUAAGAUAGAGCUCCACCGGGUUCCUCCCCUGGCUGUCUUCCUCCCCAGCCGGUGGCUGCUUCACACUGCAUGUGGGCCAGUGAUGGAGAUCUUUGAUAGAUAUGUUGGUCUGUUGUUACGGGUUCCUUUCUCUUUCCCACUAUGAUUUGGUUAUUGGUAUUGGAUUUAAGUUGUCACAGUAAGUUUAAUGUACUGUGCAUAUGGACUAAUCCUGAAUAAAAAAAAUGCUGUGUGUGUUAGUUCCAUCUGGAGCUGUGUGUCCUGGUUUGUUAUUCAGGGAUUCCAGUAGCAGGGUCUUUGGAUCUGUUGGGUGGCUGCUUGGUCCCUGGAUUCUGAGACAAGCUAAAAAGAGCUAGAGCCACAAGUUUUUUUGUAAAGGCAGUAGCUGGUUACAGUCUAGGCAGAGGUGUGGAUACAUGACUGGAAAAGGUGCUGAAGUGGCAAAUGCAGAGGGAGUGAUACCUGCCUGGAAGGCUGCAACCUGGUCCAGGGGGGAAGAAGUUCUCAGUGACCCCAGUAAAGAUUUGGCAACUUAGGCUGAAACGUUCCGGGGUCCCUGAAAACAGCUAGAGUGCAGACUGGGUGAAGGUACUCUGUCAGAGUAUGGGAGCUCUGUCACAUUUGGUGGCAGUGGUGGGAUGGCUUCCUAGCUAUUAGGAAAACAUCCAAGACACCACUGGUACUCCUGCAUAUCUUCUGUAACUCAGGAAGAUGGAUACAGAAUCCUCGUCUCAGGAGGAGUUUAAGAGAAAAGUGUCAGAGGGUUUGGCUUUCAUCAGAGCCAAUCUAUCAGCAGAGGUGAUUCAACUGAUCUGGGAUGAUGUGCUUACAGAGAUGGAUCAAGAGAGGUGGAUCUGCCUGGCCAGCCAGGCAUGAAUUGUGGAAGAUGGCAGAGUGUAGUCUAGAUGCCAAACCUCAAAUUUCCAACAGUGACUACAAGAAGCUCGGUCCCAGUACGAUGGCCCUGUCUCUGCAGCUGACAAAGUGGACUGGAGGGAUGCGAUCCUCUGGAACAAUGUCCUUGAGGAGGGUUGGGUUCCCCAGAGAGAAUCCCUUUCAACCAUUAUGCAGGAAUUUGGGGUCAUGUUGAUUUGCAGAUGCCUUUUCUGGGAGAGCACCCCCUGUCCGGAUGUUCAAAUUAGAGGAGGUGGUCUAGUAGGAAUUGUAGCUGGAUGAUGCUUACUGGGCCUUACAGCAAUAUGCAGUCCAGUAGCACCCAUGGCUUGCAAAUGACGACCCACCAGGGUUAGGAUUCUUAAAGAUCGCAAGUCAGCCAGGAGAUAGAGGUAGCUGACCUUUUUCCCCAUCAGCAAAGUUCUGAAUAGUGGUUUAAAAUCCCCAACCCCCUGACCGCUGGCCACCCCGUUCCCUUUCAAGCAGCAGAUUGCAACCCAGUGAGAGAAGCUAGAGAUAGCUGGCCUCCCUCCCCAUCGGCAGAGUGCAACCCAGCAAGAGAAGGAAAAGGUAACUGGCCUCUCUCCCCAGUGGAAGAGUGCAAACCAGGGAGAAGAGGUAGUCGGCCUCCCUCUCCGGUAGAAGAGUAUGAGCUAAUUAAGAAGAGGUAGUCAAUCCUCCCAAGUGGUAGAUUGGGCUAGAGGGAGUAGAGGUAUUCCCCAGUGGCAGCUCACAAUGAAGGGAAAGGAAGUGGCGCUAGUUGGCCUCCAUUCCCUGCGGCAGAUUUCAACCCAGUGAGAAGAGAAAAUUAGCCUCCCUUCCCGUCGACAGAUUCCAACCCACCAAGAGGAGGUAAAGGUAGCUGGCCUGCCUCCCCAGCAGCAAAUCACAACCAAGGGAGCAGAGGGUGUUGGACUCCCUCCAUAGUGGAAGAUACAACGAAGGGAACGGAGGAUGUGGGCAGUUGGCUUCCCUCCCCAACAGAACAACAGACCAAGACAGGGAAGACAUAUAAAUGAUAAAUGUGUAAAGUUCCACCAUUUUAAGGUACAUGCAUUAAUUCUCACUUUAUAAAUAGAGACAAAGCUUUUGUAGCGCAUGCGAGGUACCACUAUCAAACACCACCAACAGACACACCUCACGACAUACAAAUUAAACUGACACACACGAGAAAAAAAAAGUAAAAGAGGCCUGUUAAUGUUGUAUGAUUGUACUAGUUCAUGUUAUAUGGUUUUUGUUUGAUCACAAAGUAAUGAGUGAAAAUGUCAACCUUGUAAACUUUCCUCAAAAAGCUUUUAUAGAUGACAACGUUCUUAAAAUGCAGAUGGUAUAUUAAACUAAUUUUCUUCUUAGACUGCCUUAUAUUCACUUCUGAAUGACAAACAAAGAUACUGGAUAGGUCUUCAAAAAGAUAAUGGCACCAAUGUGUGGAAGUGGCAGGAUGGAACAAAGUUGACCUUUACGUAAGUAUGACCUUUAAAUCACACCCAACACAAUUGUAUAUAUUAUUUUCUUCUUAUAAAUCACAUGCAUAGUAAGUAAUAUAUAAUUUAUAAAGUGUGUUCUCUCCUUGGAGAAAUUGUUGCAUGAUAAGAGUAACUGAUUAGGAAAUAGGUUAUUUAUGGCAUGGAAUAGAAAAUAAAUUCCAAAAAUUAAGGUUAAGGUUGGAGGCAAGAAAGGAAUCUAGAAUGAGUGAAUGGGAAUGCAUUCAAUCUGAUAAAGUAAAACCCAAUGUAUGUUGGUAAUUAAUAACACAUAUUAUCCUGGGAAGCACUGGGUGUCUGUCUUAAGCCUUGGCUUUAGAAAGACACCCAGUGAGUCAAAACAUUGCCUUUCUGUGAUGACUGAAUAAAACACUUUUGCACUAAACUUUUAUGAGUGCUCAGGUUUUUCUUAUAUUUAUACCCUAUAGUCUUGUGGGACCAGGACCUUACCCGCAGGACAGGCAGCCAACAUUGGCAAAUUUAAUUUUUGUUCCAUUCAUUUGAUUCUACAUAUUAUCCUGGGCUUUUUGAAAGAGUUAAUAUUUUUAGAUACACUUUUACAAUUAUUUCAUAUUUUUAGAAUAUUUUAAUAUCGUAAUAUUUUGAUAUUUUUGAUAAAUUUAUAUAUUUUUUAAUUUAAUGUAUUGUUUUAUACCUUAAUAUUUUGAAAAACAUAAUUUGAAAAGUUUAUCCAAUUUUUUUUUUAUCAUAUUAAAUCUAGACCGCUAUAUUUACUUUAACAUGUUUAUUUUUAUAUACUGCAUUCCAAUCAACAUUAUUAUCAAUGAUAUUUCAAGUCUUAAAUCCUCAGAAGAAGAGGUAGAUUUGGAAAUCUGCCUACUUCACCUUAUCCAAUCUCUUCUUGCCUUUCCCUCCAUUAAUAACUUACACUACUAACUAAAGUUUACCUUUUUUCAAUGUACCAUGCUUAUUGGAAAGCAUUGGCACGGAGAUGUGUGACAUGAUAGAUAUGGUCAGUUGGUACAUGUAGCGGAGCGCUAGUCCCGACCAGGACUUUUCUUCACUGGAUUCCUUGGUAACUAGAACUCAGGAAAAAGGAGCUUAAAAGUGAAUAGCUCUCCUACUCCCCAGUAACUGGACGACACAUAGUUCUGGGAGUGCAACUAAGAUUUAUUGAGCCGCACUUGGCUUUUUAUGCACAGAACCCCAGCAGGGGGUCUCCAUUCAACACAACAUAAACCCCUCCCAAGCGUCCCUGUGUCUGGGAGAUAAUUGAGUCAAAGACCAGUAACUCAACUCAAUUAUCUCUUAGUUACAGGGAACUGUGACGAAGUGCCCUUCGCCACUUGUGCCUGGAGGGGACUACUGGCUAGCCUCCUGCCUUCCGACUAUGGCCCCUGUGCUGAUAGCUGUAUUUUACCCUGCAGAAAGGUAUAUUUGUGUAUUUCUGCCGGGGCGUUAGGGACUUUCAGUAUGUGAGUAAUGCUACCCCAAAUAGCUAUAUCAUGGAGCCUAUUUGUGUAACUAAAGACUAUGGAAAAAACUUUGGCUCCAUGGCGAUUGAACUGUAUGUAUGUGAUCUGAGCACCAUUCGGUCAUAAUGUGCACUCAGAUCUAAGCUAUCUGGGGAUAUGUUGCAUGUAUAUGUUUAAUGUAGUAAUUGUAACAUUAUGUAAUUUUAUGUCUUUUUGCAACCAUGUGGUUAAUGGAGUCUUGCCUCUGUCCUGGGAGAUAAUUUGAUUACUUCCCAAUUAUCUCCAGGAUAGAGAGGAGGGAUUGUGAUGCCACUGUGGGAGUGUUUUGUUUGUAUUGUCUGUGAUUGGCUAAUAUCCAAUACGUGUCCCAUUGUUCCAUCAGGUCCCCUGGGGGAGUGUCCACCUGGUGGACACUUGCAUAAAUACCGGGCAGGUAGCCCUCAAUAAACCAGACCUACUUGCCCCUUUCUUCAAGCCUUGGAUCAUGCUUGGAGGAAGGGAUACCUACACUCUGGGGAUUGCUUUAAUCACUUACUCCCCAGAGUCACUUACUCCCCAGAGUAAGCUCUUGUAAGAGCUUGAUUUGUUCCUGAUACGCUCUCUGGAUUUAGGAGAGGUUCACCCACUGGGAGCUGGAUCCUGGUCGUGGAUCCAGGGUGAGUGAGAGACGGCGAGACCCCCGCAACUCCAGGGAGUGUGUUGUAGUUGGAAGAAGGGGCUAGGGUAGGGGACUGGCAUUAUAUUGCAUGUUGGAGUGGAGGCUGCAUGGUGCCUAGCAUGAGAUGAGUUUCGGGGCUUAAUAGUUGUCAGUCUUGAGAUGCUAGUGGGCUUGUUACCAAGGUAGGGAGGUGUCUCUUUUUGGCAAUGGGUCCCAGAUUUUGUGGAAGGUUUUCAGUGUGUUGUGGAUUUGGGAUGUAAGGCUAUCCAUGUCUAUUGAGGCUUGUAUUUUUUUGGCUAUGACUGUCUGUGUCUGUAGGCUUGUCAUUGACCACACCUCUCCUAUUGCCCUCCGGGUGGCAAGAGCCACUCUGUCUAUGAGUUUAUUUAUGACUCAUGUGAAUGGUUCUAGAGGCUUGGAGAGCAAUAAGGCCCAUGGGUACAUGGCACAUGAUUUUCCAAGGAUUCUGGUCAGGAGAAAUGUUAUGGCUUGCCAUGUAGGUAUCAGUUUUGGGCAGGUCCACCAGUAAUGAUAAAAUGUGCCCACUUUUCUGCACAUUUUCAAGCAUAAGUUGGACAAGGAGCGGUGCAUGAUUGCCAGUCGUUGGGGUGUCAGGUACCAUCGGAAUAACAUUUUGUAUCCUUGCUCCUUACAGAGAGAGAGAGACGAGAGAGCUUCCCAGAUAGCUGACCAGUUUGACACUUCGUCUGGGGGGGGCCUAGAUCUGCUUCCCAUGUUGCGAUAUAGAAAACAAUUACCACAUUCUGAAACACUCCAAAAGUACAUUUACAAAAAGGGCUAAUUUCAUUGCAUGGGCGGUCAGAGCUUACAACCCAAAUUCCUCUUUGAAGCUGAGACCCCCCUGUCCUUUCAGAGCAAACUCUGUUUACAUCAUACAGCCCUUUGUUGUAGCAGAUAGACUCGUUGGCUCCCACAGCAGGGGGUCACUGCAGGGCAGCAUUUCCUGAUUAACACACAGAAGAGAAAAAUUCCAUUUGAAUGCAGGGGAGAUUAGACGACACAAAGUAUACUUAAGGGACAAGGUAUGAGGACUUCCAUCUCCCGUAACAGGUUGUUUAUCUCAAAGUAUGUUUUGAGGUCCUUGGUGAUGGUGUCCACGAUUUCAGUAUCAUGUAUUAGUAGGGAAUUCAGUCUCCAAUACCAAAGACAAGUCAGAUUGUGUAUAGUUAAGGUUAAAUUGAUGUCCGCGUGGUCUGACCAUGUGAUUGUGCCGAUGUCCAUUUUUGUAACUUGUGACAAGACGUUGGGAGAAAUUAGGAAGUGAUCUAGGAGUAGGAGGCAUGUUGAUGAAAGCAGGGAGCGUGCUAUCAGUACUAAGUGUUCUUUUGCACUAAGAUUUUGCAUCAAGUUGUGGUGCUGUUGGAGGGAGUCUUCAGAAUGGUUUGUUGGUGCUAUAUUUCUUAUAUUAGGAGGACCUGGUUUGUCAAGGGCCCUGAUGCAUAUAUGGUUGUCUCUUUUGAGCUGUCGCUACUGAGCAUGAGGUGAAGGGUGGGAUUGGAGGGAAGGGGAGGGAACAAGCUGGGGGGGUGAGAAAAAAAAAGAGGGGGGGAUACGGACAUACACACCCGGUUCGGCUGACCAAUACACAUAGUUAAUUGGCUUCUCUUGUGUAGAGUCCUGGUGGAAUUGGACCUGGUGGCCUUCAAUUUGUAAAGGGGUGUCUUUGGUUGCUCUCAUUACUACAUGGUAGUAGUGAAGGCGCACAAUGACAUCUCAUGGUUGGUUGACGGUGGCAGAGGGUGGUGUGGAGAGUGUAUAUGGCGACUGUUUCAGGGAUCCCCCUGAUUAUAAUAUUAUUGCGUCGUGACCUGUUGUUUAGGUCCUCCCGGGCAUUUUCCAGUGAUCUGUCUGCCUUUGAUUUCUAGGACAGUUUUGCCGUGUGCUGAGGUUGUGGACGUCCUCCCUUUUAUACUCCAGUGCCUCAGUGCAUCUGUUUAGAUCGUCUAGGCCUUCCUUGAUGGGGGCCAGAUGUCUCAUGAGUUCAGAGGCCAUAUUCUCUUUGAUGUACCGCACAAGCCCUUUUAUAUCCCUGCAUGUGACAGGUAAGGCUUUGUGGCUAGACUCGCUUGCUUCUGUGUCUGUCUCCGACUCUGACAUUUCCUCAGGCCUAGGCCUCUCUCUCUCCAUGCGGCUGUGGAAUAUCGAUGCCACGGAGGUCCCAUGCUUCAAUUUUCUCCCACUUCCCAUAGUAAAUUUUGCAUGCAGGUUUUUGGGCAGGUUUUAGGGUGAGGGUGUCGGCAGUUGCUGCUGUUUGUAGCCGCCCCCACUAUUUCAAUUUUUUUAAACUUGCAGGACCUUGCUCGCUUUGAGCACAGCUUUGGUCAUGCCCUUUUGUGCAAAUUAAAAUCAUAGUGAUAUAUAUCCAGUGGUAAGCAAUAUUAUGGUUUCCAAGAAGUUUUAUCACUAUAAAUUCCUUGCUUUUGGCUAUGGUGGCGGCUGAUAGAUCCAUAAACAGACAUAUGCUGGUGAAGGGUUCAGAAGAAGUGGUCCUCUUUCUCGAUGCUGUCAUCAGUGCAUUUCUUGACUUAGUGAAGCCUCACUACUACAUCCAUCAGACAUCUUAUGCCAGGUUUCUAGGCUCAGGUGGUGGGCCCAACCCAUCAGCCAUUCAGUUUCUAGUGCAGGGAGGUUAGCCUUAAACAAUAAUUGGUGGUACUGAAGACUGCUGAAGCCCAUCUGGGGAGAAUGAUUCAGUUAUAUUAUGUAACCUGAUGGUGAGCAGAGUCCUUGGAGUUUGCCAGUUUGGUGCCACUCCAAUAGCCCCUAUGUUAAUCUAUCCCUGGCCUCUGCUAUAUCUCCAAUGGGGAAUGGGCUAUGGAUGGGUUUGGAUCCUCAUUCAGUAUUGAAGCAUUUCAAAAUGAUUUAACAAUAAAUGGUGGGACAAGCCAGGCCCGGACUGGCCAUCGGGCAUACCGGGCAAAUGCCCGGUGGGCCGCGAUGGCCGUGGGGCCGAGGCCAGCAAGGGAGAUCACAGGAUCUCCCCGGCCGGCCCCUGCAGGGCCAGCGCUACCCGAGCGCCGGCCCUGCUGUGUGCCUCCAUGGGCCGGUGGGGAGAUCACAGAUCUCCCUCACCGGCCCACAGGCACUGUUACAGGCGGCCGCAGGCUAGGGAAGGAGGGAGGCAGGAGAGAGGACCCGGCAGAGCUCUAACAAGCAGCUCCGCCGGGUCCUCUCGCGGGAUUCUGAGCGUUGCCGCGGUUACCACGGCAACGCUCAGAUCUCGCGAGAGUGAACUCUAGCCUGCAGGCUGGAGUUCACUCUCAACACUGGACCACCAGGGAAGCAUGACAGCAUGCGCCCCCCACCCCCUCAUGGCAACACGGCUCCCCCCCCUCCCAGGCUAAAGGUAAGAAGGGGGGGGGCAUAACUUUUUUUUUUUAAUUAUUAAUAAUUAUUAAUUAUUAUAAUUAUUAAUAAAAUAAAAAAAAUAUAUAUUUAAAAUAAUUACCCUAACAGCCCCCCCAGACACACACACACAGCCCCCCAGACACAGACAGCCCUAGGACACACACAGCCCCCCACACACAGCCCCCACACACAGCACCCAGACACACACACAGCACCCCCACACACACACACACACAGCACCCAGACACACACACACACAGCAACCCAGACACACACACACACACAGCACCCAGACACACACACACACAGCAACCCCCAGACACACACACACACACACAGCAACCCCAGACACACACACACAGUGACCCCCACACACACACACAGCAAUCCAGACACACACACACAGCACCCAGACACACACACACAGCAACCCCAGACACACACACAGCAACCCCAGACACACACACACAGCAACCCCAGACACACACACAACACAGCACCCAGACACACACACAACACCCAGACACACACACACAGCAACCCCAGACACACACACACACACAGCACCCCCAGACACACACACACACAGCACCCAGACACACACACACAGCACCCCCAGACACACACACACAGCACCCCAGAUACACACACACAGCACCCCACAGACGCACACAACACCCUCAGACAGACAGCACCCUCACUCCCACACACAUACAGCACAUAUAUAUUAUAUAAAAUAACCUUCAGUGAGUUAACAGACAAAAUUAGAAACCCAGACGGCAGAUAAAAACACCCUCACACACAGCACUCCUCUUACACAAACACGCUGCGCACCUCACACAUACAAUACGUCCAAAUAUAUUAUACACACACACACACUACAGCACCCCUCACACUGCACCACUACACACAUUACGCUCCAGAUACACGCUAGAUCCCUUACCUUAUAUGCACUCUUAAUCCUCUACACACACACACAAUCUUCUAUACACACUCUGGGUCCUUUACACACUAGAUCUCUUACACACACACUGCAAACACAUACAACAUUCUCUAAACACACCCUCUCUACACACAGUAGUGUGUGUGUAUAAGUGACACACACUACGUCACCUAAACACACACACUACUGCCCGUAUGCACACACUCGCUACAUCCCCUAUAACACUAUGCCCCUAUACACGCACUCUCUACAGCCCCUAGCCACACAUAUUACACCACAAAAUUGACCUAUUUACACAAUACCACACCACACUCUACACACAGGCAAUCCCACAAGCAUGCGCCAAACACAUGCACCAUACACUUUCCUGGCCCUUUUGUCCUCUGGCAUCCCACUUGUGGAGACACCAGAGACAAUUUAAAAGCAAACACAGCGCAAGCAUGUUAUUACAUUUGCUUGCGCUGCGCAGAACAAAUACAGGGCCUUUUUCUAAUGCUAGAGCUCUUCAGCGGGGCUCUGCGCAUUGAACCAACAUGCUCACUUUCAGAGGGGGUGUACUUGUCAUUAGUGAUGACAAACACACCCUCUCUGGCCCCGCCCCCUUUUUGGGGGGCCGCUCUAAUUGAAAAAUGCCCGGGCCUAAUUUUUUUCCCAGUCCGGCCCUGGGACAAGCAAUACAAUCUCUUCAAUGAGAUGACAUGGAGUGUGAGGGGCCUAUUAAUCUAUGUUAUUUAAUUUUAUCUGGUCAAUACAAUAUCAGCAUAAAGGGCAUAUAAAGCGCAUCACACCCAAAAGUGCUGUGUUGGAUUUAAACUACAUCUAAAUAGUAAAGGAAACUCUUGACCUUGUCUGAGUGCUUUUAUACAGUGUGUUGCUGCUGGAUGAUUGGUUAGUUAAAUAUUUGCAUGAAUGAGCUAAUAUACAGUAACUAAUAAAGUAGUCUCUGCAUGUAUUUUUCAUAUAAAUGUUAUGCUUUUUAACAUAAAAAGUUAAAUAUUUCAAAAAUCUUUGAUAGAAAACACUUUACAAAAUAUUGGUAAACCUAAUGAUUACUUCCAUCAAUUAAACUUUUUUUUAAUUUUAUAAACACACAUUAAACAGCAUGCAGCUCAGAAUGAAAUACUCACCCUUUAUUAAGUAAUUGCUCUCUGCUAUGAUUAAAUCACUUUAUAAUAUUAAUUCUUUAUUAACUUUUUUGAUGCAGCCACUGGGAUGACAAUGAGCCUAAUAAUUUCAAUGGGAUUGAGUACUGCGGAGAAAUCCGUUAUUUGGGCUGGAAUGAUGCAUCCUGCGAUUCUGAAAAGAACAUUAUCUGCAUGAAAACAUUAAGCUGCUGA